AUGCACGAUCUCCAUUUGUUCCUCUCCGAUCAAGGAUCUCCGUUCGUUUCACUCCCUCCAAUUGUCUCUUAUCUUCACGAAGAUGAGCCAUUCUUAGAUUGGAUUUGGUUGAUAUGGAUAAAUCUUGGAUUAGCAAACCACGUUUAUCGCAAGAGUACAUCAAUGGGGUUGAAGGGUUCAACAAUGAAUCUAAUAGAUAAUAGUUUGAAUGAAGAUUCAACAAUGAAUCUACUAGAUGAUGUCUUCCCAAAAUGUGGAAGACAUUUUAAUGAGAGAGCAGGGGGAUGUAAUGGUGCUAGUCAGUAUGCGACACUAAGUCCCAUGGAGAAACAACAAGCGCAUCGAAGUUUAAAGAUGAGUUACGUAGAACAAAUACUCGUGGUAGGAGACGGCAUGGAUGGUAUUGAUUCUCAUGCCGAGGAAACACAAGAUGUGGAGGUGAAUCAAACUGAAUCUCAACGGAUAUUUACACAAGGACGAGAGCGAGGAAAGUGGGUGGUAAAUGUUAUCGAUAUAAAUGGAAAUGUAACGGAGGAACGGCUAACUGUGAAAGAUGUAUGGGGAAUGGAGAAACGCAGAAUUAUUCUUGAGUUUGGUCCACAUAAUCAACCUGAAAGAGGAAGUGGUGGUAUAUUUGGUACAUGGCUUGGCAUGUUAAGUACUGAUUUGAACAAGUUUCCGAUAAAUUACGAUGAUUGGAGGAAUGUUCUGCAAUGGCGAAAGGAUGACGCUUGGGACUACAUUAAGACUAAGUUUUGUUUUGAUAGUUCAAAUAAAAGUUAUAAGGACUUUGUGAUGAAAAGCUUGAGUGUGAAGUGCAAAGGUCUAAAAACUCGUCUUUGGGAUCAUCUGGGACGUAACACUCCUGAAGAAACUCUACAGCUUCGCCCAGAUUUUAUACCAAAAGAACAAUGGCAAGAUUUUGUGUAUAUGCAGUUUAGUGAGAAGACUAAGAGAGCAAAACAAGAUAAGAAGAAGCCAUUACAAGACACCACACACUUUAGGAAAAAAAGCAUUUCUCGAGUUUCUAAAGAAAUUUUUCUUAAGACGGGUAAACGUCCAAGUCGUGCAGAAAUUUUUGUAAACUCACGCCAAAAAGCUAAUGGGAGCUUUGUUAGUAAAGAAGCUCAAGAUUUAUCGGAAAAAUUAACAGAGAAGAUGGCUCACACUCAAGGAAAAAUUAACACAUCAGAUGAAUUUUCUCAAGUAUUUGGCUCUGAACGUCCAGGUCGUGUGCGUUGUGUUGGUCUUGGUCCGACUCCUUCCACAUUCUUUAAGAAUCGCACAUCCUAUGAAGCAGAAAUUAUAGAGUAA